CUCCUUUUUUUGCUGCUGCGCUGCGGUUGUUUAUAUAUCGUGUGUUCUGCUCUGUAGACCUGCUGCAGACGACUGGAUAGUAUAGCGUUGUUAUCAGCAUCCUCAGCGCAGCGCAUGAGCAGAGAACAGCAGGAGGCAGCCGGCGGCUCUCAGCCUGCCACCACGAGGGCUGAGAGGAUGAUUGCGAAAGCAAAGAGACGAUUGAGAGAAGUGGACGCCCGCAUCGCCCUCGCGCUCAGCAGCUCUCCGACCCGCAGCAGAGAACACAUCGACGCCCGCAAGAUAUCAGCACCAAUAGUCGACCCCGACGCACCAAUCCCGACCAUGCGCUCAAAAGUAUCAGAGGAUGUACUUCUCGCUCUUCAGCGCUCUGCAAACGCAGGGAAGCCCGGGUUUGAGGACGUGCAAGCAACUUCAACGCCCCCACAGGACCAGGCUUCUGCUCAUGAGCCGGCUUACGUACCCGUUGCUGCCGAUUCCUCUUCGUCUUUCAAUACCUCCACCUCUACAUAUCCCAGCAAGCAUAUUUCUGUCGCUCUGGAGUCCAUCUCCGAAAACGCGGACGAUCACCGUCCCCGCAGCGCUGCUCCGUCCGACACAACCACAGUCAACUACCGCUCACUCGAUCCCCGCCUCUCUCCCAGCAACAGGGCCGAGGCCGCCGACGCAUCUCGAUUACCGACCCACAGCCCCUCCUACCGAAAACCGGUCUUCACCUCUCCCCCGGCCGGCCAGACAUCGCACGACGCGGAAGUAUUGCCGCAGUUCACGCCCGGAUCGCGGCUCAGCCACGCCGAUCUGCUGCAGCGGAUCGAGGACGAGCUUAUGCAGGAGACGCCGCUCGAGUUUGCAGAGAGCUCCGUGCGGUCUCGGGAGCGAGGGAGCAGCGACGGCAGCGGUGUCAGCAAGAGCUCGUCGAGCUCAGGAGGUGCUGCUGGGGUCUAUCGGCCUCCGCCUCGAUCUGUGUCUGAUCCAGCUAACCUCAGUCGGUUGACCGUCGAUCCUGUCUCUGUCCAGCGCAAGACCGACGCGCCGCUGCUUUCGGCAAUCAUUGACCACCGCCGACAAAGCAGUGAGGACGAGCGCUCGCUACCGCUUACGCAACCGCUCGAGAUCCAUGGCGAGCCAAUGUCGUUGGCAGAGGACAUGGAGAACCUGUUGCGCGAGGUCCGCGAUUUCAGAGGCCGCGUAGCGUCGAUCCGGAGUACGGUUAGCAACUUCCCCAACUCGUCGGAUAUCGCGUCGACCGCGCCGCCCACGCCGCCGCUGUCAACUACUGCCACGUCCAUGCCACAGUACCAGCAGCAGCAGCAGACGCUCUCGGUGCCAGAAAAGCGAUCGAGUAAACAGCAUGCAGCGCGCGCGUCGACGGCAACGAUGAUGACAGAUUACGGACGACUGAGCCAGUUUUCGCUGCACUCGCCGAAUCAGGAGAACGUGCUGGCUGCGUACGGAGGACAGCAGCCGUCGUCGGUGUAUAUCCCGUCAUCGCAGGCGAAGCGGAUCGCGCAGGAACUCCGGGACGAAGGCGCGAUGCUGGCACCGCCGCCGCCGAUUGAUCUGAUGGGAGGGAGGUAUGAGCAGGAGGAAGAGGAGGAGGAAGAGCUUGAGACGGAUUUCAUAAGUCAAAGAGGCAGUCAGCGGAAAGAGCGUCAGUUUGCGCAGGAGGAGGAAGAGCAAACUAUUACUGCUGCGGACGAAGAGCUGUACGUUGUCAAGCAGCGGAGUACUGCUGCGGAUGAAGAGCUGCACGUUGUCAAACAGCGGAGUAGUUCGAGUUUCUCGCAGACAAGACCUGAUAGCCGACCACGCGGCCCGCGCGCGCUGAGCACAAGCAGUCUGUCGUCUAUGCGCCAGCAACUGGCACAAGCGGCUGAGAUCUCUCCUGCCGAAGACCGGUCUAGCUCGCGGAUGGAGACGCAGGCGGCGGGCGGAGCGGUUGAUCGCGCGCGAACGGACUCUGACGAGCGAAAGUCGUUUGUGACUGCUGCGUCGUCUGUUCCGCAGUCGGAGGAGAGCGAUGUGGGUGAGGACGGUGAAGAGGAGGCGGUGGACGAGAGUAUGUUGCCGCCGCCGGAGGUGCCGAGACGGAGUUCGGGGAGGGCACAUGGGUCGAGGUCGAAGCAGCGGAGUAUUUCGUUUGAUACGACGCCGAGGAUUAGUCCGGCGAAGGCUAUUGCGCAGCAGCAGGAGCAGCAGAAGUACGAGCAAAGUCAGAGAUAUAAUCUACAGCAGCAGCAACAGCAGCGGCAGCAGUAUGAACAAGCUCAGAGAUACAAUCUACAGCCCGAUCCGCGUCAAAGCUACUACGAACCAUCGCCACCACCACCGCAGCCGCAGCCGCAGCCGAAGCCACGGCCACGGUCUCAUGCUGAUGUGCGAACAGAUGCGCGAGCAGAGAUGGAAGGUCAAGGGCAGGCGCCGCCGCGUCCGCGCGCGUCGUAUCAUCAGCAGAAAGGGGCGGGGGGUGUGAGGCAGAGGGCUACGUCGGAAGGGAACGUGAAAUUUGAUCGGCGGCGGGCGCCGAGGGCUACUGGUGCUCCUACGGGUCGACAGUCGCAUCAGUACAGCAGCUCUAUGAGCAGCUCUGGCAGUCCCAUUCGCGAGCGCAAGUCCACGCACACGUCAAUCUACUCGCAGCCGCGCGACGCGGCGAACGCGGCGCCCUGGUUUCUCGACAAGGAGACUGAUAACCUGGACUGGCUGGGCAAAGGGGCAGAGUUUGACGAGCUGAUUAAUCUGGAGCUGGAGCAUAAGCGGAUGUUGGAGAAGUUUAUCGAGACGCUGGGACGGCUGAGCGUUGAUGUCGCGAUGGAUGAGAAGAAGAGGGAUGAGGGCAGACGGAGGAUGGAUAACGCGCUUCUGGCGCUGGAGGGGUGGAUAUAACUGAUUGCCAAACGUUGGGUUUUGGUAACAUUUGUGAGAUUCUUGCCUGCAUAUGACUGGCAUAUUGUAUAUACACAGCAACAUAGAGAACUGGAACAUGUAACAAAUAUAUUAGUAAUAAAUUACAUAACAA